CGAAACACGUUCUUACAGCACGGGGCGAGUCGCUGCUGUCUCUGCCGGAGCGAUGGCUCAGCCAGCAGGCGGUCGAGGACGAGUACGAAGUAAGUCAUCUUCAGAUCUAUCACUAAACACGUUCUUACAGCACGGGGCGAGUCGCUGCUGUCUCUGCCGGAGCGAUGGCUCAGCCAGCAGGCGGACGAGGACGAGUACGAAAAUGUGCAGCUUCCCAAGCUGCCCGUCCCAGAUCUCCAGGCGACCCUGGAGACGUACGUGGACAUGGCUGCGGCCGUGGUCUCGAGCCAGUCGCAGCUGGAGCACACCAGGGCCCUGGCUAAGGCCUUCCUGGAGGACCCUGGGCCAAAGCUGCAGGCGGCGCUGCUGGCGAGACGUGUGGAGAUGGAUAAUUGGGUGACAGACUACUGGCUGGAGGACAUGUACCUGAAGGUGCGGCUGCCGCUGCCCAUCAACUCCAACCCCGGCAUGGUGUUCCCCUGCCGAAAGUUUGCCAAGGUCGACGAGGUCGCCGAUCUAGCCGCGCUGUUCAUCGAUGAUCUGCUGGAUUAUAAGGAGAUGCUUGACAGGGGCGAGCUUCCUCUAGAACGAGCCACCAGCCGCGAGAAAGGCCAGCCUCUCUGCAUGGCGCAGUUCUACCGCCUCCUGGGCGUCUGCCGCAUCCCACAGCUGGGCAAGGACCGUCUGGAGCUACCACCAAUGCGUCCAGAAGGGGAGCAGGAGGAACUCGUUGUCGUAGCAUGCAGGAACUAUUUCUACCCCAUCCCAGUGAAAGCAGCCGACCGCGGACGUCUCACCCCUGGCGAGAUACAAGCACAGCUCCUGAUGGCCAUGGUGGACGCUGCUGGGGCUCCGCCGGCGCCCCGUGUGGGGCUUCUGUCUUCUCUGCCGAGGGACGCCUGGGCUAGGGCGAGGGACAUAAUCUGUGAAGGUAGGUUUUCAAACACAGCUGGUCAUGGUGAACGCGACAGGGGCCCCACCGGCGCCCCGUGUGGGGCUUCUGUCUUCUCUGCCGAAGGACGCCUGGGCUAGGGCGAGGGACAUAGUCUGUGAAGGUAGAUGUUCAAGCACAGCUGGU